GCAGCCGUGUGGUUUUUCCAGCAGGAAAAAAAAAUCAGGGAAUUUUUUCUGGCAGCUGAGCUGAUUUUGGAUAAGGCAGAAUGGAAGGGAGGGUACACACUUUUCGGCCUCCAGAAGGAUAUGUGGAUGAAGAAAUGGAAGACUAUAUCAAGAAUGGUUAUCCUUCCCUAGAAGAUGAAAUUACUUUUGCUGUCUCACAUGAUAAGAAAGAAACAUUUGUUACUUGGAUAAAUGGGAUAACCUACAAAAAUGAUAUACCUCGAUGGUGUGUGGAUCGUAUGUUUCUUUUUGACUCCAUAAAUUGUAUGGAUGCUGUUCUGAAUGGAGAAAUGACAGGAAAAAUUGAUUUUACUGUUGAUGCUGUUCCACACAACAACAUGGGGAACUUCCUGCAUUGCAUAAAGCAGCUACUAGUCAGGCCUGUAGACUGACUGAGUUAUUUCUUGGUAUUACAGAUCAAGCAAAUGUCAGAUUGGAUUUUAAGGAUGUAAAAGGGUGGUUGCCGCUGAAUUUUGCUCUUGA